UCGACGCGCGUGACUCCACGAUGAGGAGCGACCCUGUGAUGUUCACUUCCAGCCGGGCGAUGGAGGAGCUGGUGUGUGAGCUUCGUCUGUUCCUGGACCUGCUGGACAGGGAGUACCUGAGUGCUGGGGUCCGAGAGAAGAAGAUGCACCUUUCCAAAAUCCUCCACAGAGUCCUCUCGGACAAAGAGCCUUCAUUCAAGUCAGAGAUCCACAGCGGUCUGCCGGCCCCCCCCCAGAUGCCCCUCCCUGCGAUCCCGCAUCCCUGGCUGUCUUCAACCAACGGCCCCCCUCCCCUGCCCAGCUCCUCUCUGCCCGAAGGCUACUAUGAGGAAGCGGUUCCUUUAAGCCCUGGGAAAGCUCCUGAGUACAUCACCUCCAACUAUGACUCCGACGCCAUGAGCAGCUCCUACGAGUCGUACGAUGAGGAAGAGGAGGAUGGGAAGGGCCAGAAGAUGCGCCACCAGUGGCCGUCUGAGGAAGCGUCCAUGGAUCUGGUGAAGGACUCCCGCAUCUGUGCAUUCCUGCUGCGCAAGAAACGCUUUGGCCAAUGGACCAAGCUUCUCUGUGUCAUCAAAGAUAACAAACUGCUGUGUUACAAGUCCUCCAAAGACCACACCCCUCAGAUGGAGCUGAGCCUGUCUGGCUGCAGCAUCACUCACAUCCCCAAGGACGGCAAGAAGAAGAAGCAUGAACUGAAGAUCGUCCACCAGGGGGCGGAUGCCCUGGUGCUGGCUGUGCAGAGCAAAGAACAGGCCGAGGAAUGGCUCAAGGUGAUGCGAGAGGUCUGUGUUAAUGGAAGUGUAGACUUGGAUGGGGCUGGAUCUGGAUCGCCCGUGCACAGACCUGAACUGGAAAAGAAGGCAUCCUGUGACAGGCCGAGCUCCGACGGAGAGGCGGUCCACGAGAACGGACACAGCGACUGCAAGGACCAAGGAAAAGGGAAGAAGAACUCAAAGUCGGAGAACAAGACAGGGACGGUGGGGAAGGGUGCAGGGAUGAAGAUUACUAAGAUCAUCGGCCUGGGGAAGAAGAAGCCGUCGACGGAUGAGCAGACCUCGUCGGCAGAGGAAGACGUACCCACAUGUGCUUACCUGAACGUGUUGUCCAACAACCGCUGGCGGGAGCGCUGGUGCCGCCUGAAGGACAACCAGCUGCUCCUCCACAAGGACCGGGACGACCUGAAGAGCCACAUCGCCUCUCUGCCGCUGCGAGGCUGCGAGGUCAGCCCCGGCCUCGACCACAAGCACCCCUUCGCCUUCCGCCUGCUCCGCAACAGCCAAGAGGUGGCGGUGCUGGAGGCUUCCUCCUCUGAGGAGAUGGGCCGCUGGUUGGGGGUUUUAUUGGCUGAGACUGGUUCCACCACUGACCCAGCCACUCUGCACUACGACUACAUCGAUGUGGAGACCACUGCCAAUGUCAUCCAGCUGGCCAAGCAGUCCUUCUGUUUCACCAGUAAGCGUGCUGUCUCACCUAACCCAUACCUGGACAACCCAGUCAACGGCUACGCCUGUCCCACUGGAAUGGCUCUGCAUUAUGAUGAUGUCCCCAUUAACGGAAUGGAACCCGAGGCGCUGCACUCCAGUCCCAACACAGGGGGGCGCCAGCUGAAAGGGGAGAUGCACUAUGAGAAUGCUGAGCUCUACGAUAACAUGCCCUCACCCAAGCUGGCCUCUCGCUAUCCUCCUAAGCCUUCCUCCUCUCCUGCUUCCUCUUCCUCCAAGUCUGCCGGUCACUACAAAACCCCUGUUUCUAAAGUCUCCUCUAAACUCCUCCCUGCUGAUACUAAAACUAAAGCCACUGCUCAGUUGAAGGGAAAGAAGGGUGCAGCGACCAAUGGGGUGGCAUCAAAACAGAAGGCGGAGCCAAAGAACCAGUCCAAGAAGAAUGGAGUCAAUGGGACCAAUGGGACGGCCUCUCUGAAACGCAACAACUCCAAUGGGGAGCAGUGCAAGUACGGGAAGAACCGCGUGGAGGCCGACGCCAAGCGGCUGCAGGCCAGGGAGGACGAGCUGAUGAAGAAGAAGCAGGAGAUCAGGAGCCAUCUGACGCAGCUGAAGAAGGAGAGGACAGACCUGCGCACUGCUGUGGAGGCCGCUGCCGGCAAACGUUCUCACGGUUCCCUGUCGGAGCGGCUGAAGAAGGUGGAGGAGCAGUGUCGGCAGAAGGAGGAGGAGAGGGUGAACCUGGAGCUGGAGCUGACCGAGGUGAAGGAGAGCCUAAAAAAGGCGUUGAGCGGAGGGGUCACUCUGGGCCUGACCAUCGAACCAAAAGCCGCCUCCUCUGGCCUCCAGUCACCGGCAAUGCUGCGACGGACACAGGAGUCGUCUUCCUUCUCCAGCUGCGAAACCAGUGACACAGAGUCCUGCUCCCUGCCGGUCAACAGCGCGUCGCUGCUCCGCCGGCAGCAGGCUGGUCAGAAGGCCUCCACAGUUCGGGGACACGUCCUCAGGAAGGCCAAGGAAUGGGAGCAGAAGAGCGGCACAUAAUCCGCCCACCGCCUUGCAUCACUCUUUCUUUCAUUACUUUGUUUUCUUUUUAAAAAUAUUGUCUAUAUAUUUAUUUAAAUUACAGUCCGAGAGUGUUGAGGAGGACACAGUCAUUCACAUGAACUAAACGAGGGGCUGCUUUUAGUAUACUGUAAGUACCACAGCAUACAGACAUAGUAAACCUUUCCAACCCCUAUUCUAUCGAGCCUGCUUAGUCAACUAAGUUGUGCAACGUUUGUUGUCCGCUGCACUUUUCUUUUUUUAAGCAAACACCUUGUGUUGUUUUAUUUCAAUUCAGAAUCUGUUCCAGCAGUUUGGCUUGAAAAGGAUCUAAAG